AUGCCACCGACUGCUGCCAACGCCGUCUUCUUCGCCAUUCGAGCCGCUGCCGCCGCGGGCUGUGGAAUCACGGGACUCUACACCAGCAACGUCUACCAGUCGAGGGUGCGCAGCCUCGCCACGGGUCUGUGCGCCGCUGCCUUCCGUCUGGGCAUCCUGGCGGCGCCAUACCUCGGUCAGGUGUUCCUCCAACAGCGCUCCGCACUCGCCGCCAUCCUCCUCUUCGCCCUCACGGCACUCUUCGGCGCCGCAUUCGCCGUCUGCUUGCCGCGCGUCCGUCGCACUGGAAAGGUGCGUCUUGCCUCGUCUCACCUCACCCAACUCCUCGCCACCUCACCCCACUCCAUCUCACCUCACUACGAUCUUGCCAUUUGCAUUGCGGUUUUCGAUAUAGACUAG